AUAGUAGUAACCUCGUGAACGUCAGCGGUAAGUGAUAAUCGAUGUCAGUUGGAGGCGAUAUACGGUUAAACCGAUCCGUUCUGGUGGUGAUUACUGUGUCCGUUGCGGCAGUAGCCAUGCUUCUCUCGCUCGUUCUCGAUUCGUUUCCCUCGUCAUCAUCAUCUUCCUCGGCACAAAUGGCGGUAAACUUCAACCAAGCCGAUGGCAGCUCUACUUGAGAUGAUCUGCAUGAUGUUCUGGCUCCUACUCCUGUUUGUGUUGCUGCUGUUACUGCUGCUGCUGCUGCCUGGUGUACCUCUACGGUAAAUAAGAUUGCGAAGGGCUCUCAAGGGUUCUUAAAUUGGGGCCCCUGAAAUUUGACAUCGACACAAUACUCUCUGCCAAAAUCCCAAAACAAAAAGUGUGUUAAAAGGACAAAUGCAGCGACAAAAGGAACUGCAUAUUGGUACACAUUGGUUUCUUCCGAGAACCAAAUCUUGAGUUGUGUAAUUAAGAAAGCUGCGUGCGACUCUUAAGGCUUAGUGUAGGGAGCAUUGAACGGAAAAUGCCCCUAUUAGUUGUGACGUGACACGAGUGUCGAACUAAUGAUUUUAUUAUGUAUUUGGUUUUCUAGCGCAUACAGCAUAGGUUAUGAUAAAAGUUGUUUUACGUCCGCAAAACACGCACGUCCCAGGCGAUGGAUGUUUUUAAUUGUAGCUGUGUCACCUUAACUUUUACAUUUCCUACACUGACACAUUUUCCUGUUUGGAAGCUGGAAGGAGCGCAAAAUUAGCAUUGGCUUCAUUUUUCAGAUUGAGUAGAUGUAUAAAGAUUGUAUGCGAUAUGCAAUACUUGGGUAUUCGUCAUAUUGUAGUGCAGGAAGGGACGAUACUAUUAGCACAAUUUCGUGCCAUGAUCAGAAGCAGAACAGUUUGACAUACUGCUGCAUAUUAUUUCGGCUAAUAGUUGGUUUGAUACAAAGUACAGAUCGCAGGAUUCAAGAAUACGCAGUACGGUUUAUGGUAGCAGAACACAACUCAAGUGGCAAUCCGGUUAUUCGCCAUUUUAGGAAGCUUUUCUAUCAAUCACGAAUUUGUUUAAAUCUCGACGAUAAAAAGAAUACUUAUAUAGGAUAAUCUCGUACCCACACCGGGGGCCAGCACUCUGCCGUUAGAGCUAUCGGACGUGUCACAAUCUAAGCGAUUUCUAAUGAUAAAAAUAAAAAAGAGGGUAAAACAGGACAUUUUGCAACCAAAAAUGCUGAUUCUCGAACCACCACAACGAAUCCAGGACUAGGACACCCCGCCAGGAACAUCUGUGAAUCCUUCCUCUUCGCAAUCUUUUCAUUUUUGAUAAGACCGUUGUCACCAGGGCUGUCCAAGGCGUUCCUUCUUUUGUGGGUAGUAUCACCAAUGUGCAGUGUAGUUCAAAACAUCGCUCACAAAUACGGAUCUGUGGAAAAUUGAACUGAGAGAGAAGAAAUACUACAGCAAAAGCGUUCUCCUCCUUUUCGUUACCGCUUUAAAAGGGAAACCCUUCCUGCCUUCGUUCGUUUUUAGAGCGGUUAGAGCUGUAUUGUGAAUGUGUUAUGUAAAAUUGAAAUUGGUUUUAAAAGCAUGUUAGAGAAUUACUUUCGGGUGCUACGCUGGAAUGUUUAGCAGAAUUUUUUUAUAUUAACAAGAAGUUUUGGGAAGAUGUUAAGAAAGUUGGAAAGUUGACAACUUUGCACAUGCGCUCUAUACUUUUGCUUCGAAAGCAGCUAUGUUUAUAGAUUCGAACUCUGGCACACGGAAAUCAUAAAAAGAAUUUGCAAAAAAAAAUCAGCAAACUCUCUGUCGUAGGUAAAGCAAUCCCAGCAGACGGGAGUGGUGUAUUAUUCGAAGGGAAGGACAAUGAUGCAUCAAUGCUGACAAAGGUAUACUUAAUGUUGGGCUGGCAGAAGCUGUGAAGUCAGCGCGAUCGUGUGCAAGUGUGGAGAGAUUUUAGUUAAACUCGACUUUGAAAUUUUAGCAUCUAACAUACUUACGGCUCCAGACCAUGCACUAGCAAGUAAGAGAGGCAGGAAUUGUUCGGAGGUUUUAUGGGAAACAGUCAGUGUGUACACUAUUACAUAUGGUUUUUAAGAACACAGAAUCGUAGGAUAAGCGAAAAAGGCUCGAAGAAACGUACGAAUCCCGGGAUGGCUUGGUUCCAAGGUAAACGUAGGCUUAGUGUAAUGAUGUGUGGCUCCAUAGAUCCGUACCGACGGGACUCGGACUCCGUAAUCGGCACUGUACACCCCAUACGCCGUAGUAAUUUUUAAGCUAUCGGUCGAGACAUUCACAUUCACACUGCUACUAUCCGUGGUGUUGCUAUUCUGGUUCCAGUAGAUUAUGUAAACUCACGAUGGUGCACAUCAAACAGUUUCUGAUUGUUAUUGAAUCUAAGGCAAACGAUCGCUACUAAUGUGGUUCGUUUGAAUGGAAUCAGCAUUGAUUAAGUUAAGGGACUGCCCGGGAGAUGGAUUUGACAAGGGCAGGCCUACAACUAUAGCAUUGUGCAACGAACGCGUAGCGUUUGUAUUGCGUAUUUCAUAUUUCUUUGCCUGAUAAAAGGGAUGAAAACAACGUACCUUAUAAGGGUAUAAGAUUCAAAGCCACUCUCAAAAUACUAUUUCAAUGAUUUGCGACAUCGCUGUUUGCAAGUUGACGAUUUAUUUCGUUUUCCAAAUGCAAUUUACCUUGCCUCAAACCAAUAACAAUCCCCAUAGAUUCAGCGUGAUCCUGCUUCUGUCCCCCGACUGGCUGCUGCAGUACUAAACGCUGUGGCAGUGUUCCCGGACUGAGUAUACCUACUACUAUUACAACUACUGUUGCGUAGAGCUGAUAGAGAUGAUGAACGAAGAGCAUAUGUGAAUGCUAUUUUUGUAGAUAAGAAUAAGCUAUAGCAAUCAGAAAAGUUGAAAAAGGCGAAAAAAACAAGUUAAAAGUACACAAUACUAAUCCCAAAGCAACAUUUCCGAAACGGCGUAACGAAAAGGAAAAACGACCAAAACAGAAUUGGUAGUUAUUCUCUAUCUCUCCUGGUUCUCGCUUAUCGAUAAACGUGCGUGUGUCCUGUGUGUUGGUGUGUAAAUCCCAGCUAGAAGAACCCAGAUAGAAAGAUAUGCUUAGGUUCAUGUAAAUGAUGCGGGAUAAGUGGCGAAGGACAAUUUAAAUCAAAUGAGAGGAUUGGCAGAGAAGUGCACAUCGUGAUUUAGCUCGCAGUGCACACCGCGAGGAUGUCAGUUUCGAAUUAAAAUGCUCGUAUAGCGAGUUGCGUCGUUUGUUUUUGUUUCUGUUUGUAAAUAGAACAUUCAAUGUGGGAGGGAUUAAACGGUUUGACUACUCUAGAUAGAAAGUGAUAGUCGUUUCGCCAAAACACCGGCGUCAGUUAUCAUCGACGUCGGAGGCAAGUGAAUGUGUUGCGUAUGAUAAGAACGGUGAAGCGAAUUAGGAAGCUCUAGCGAGCAUAAGUGUGUGCGUGUGGUUUCGGAUGCGGUUUGUUUGAAAGGAUACUGCGAGAACGAGCAUCGUAAUUGUAAGUAAGCUAAUCACGGAAUCGUUAGUGUAAUAAGCAACAAGGAGCUUUUUAUUCAGCUAAAUGGCCAUUGGAUGAUGCUUUUGGGUUUCCACAAAAAUCAUUUGAACAAAACUAACCUUGAUUGUAGUAGAUAUAGGGUAUGGAAACCCCCGAAAUCUUAUUAGCAACCGCCGAAGGCAUGGAAUAGAGAGUUGCACGAGAUUCUGGUUGUGUGUCUAAUCGACGAAUGCAAUUGCGUGAUGAUUAGCUGGAAAGAGAUUUGAAUUGAGUGCGAACAUGGAAAGGACCCUGUGUGUCCGUGAUGUGAUGACGGAACAGAUCGUUGGCAAAAUAAAACACACACAAACCAAGAACAAAAAUCGCAAAAUGGUGUUAUUGGCAAAAGAAAGUCUGCAAGAUGAGAAAACGAUGUACUAGAUUAGGCAAGAUUGUGAAUAGUUCAAAUGAAAGAUAUAGGAAUUGAAAUUUAAGAAAAAUGGCUAAAAUCGAUGGGAAAAUUUCGGGAAAAAAGAAACACAAAUGAAACAAUGAAAUCCAGAAUGAGGGGGCUGCAGGAGGCGAUUGCGCACGAACUGGUAAAUCAGACAGACAGGAUAAAAGAAAAAUAGAAACUCUCAUUCUACUCUGAAGUAGUGAAUAUAUAUAAAACAAAAAAAAACAUAUGAAUAUAGGAAAGCGUAAAAUAAUUCGACAACAAUUAGUCUAUUACGGAAACAAAACAAGCAGUGUAUUUAUAUAUAAAAUUAUAAAUAAAAUAAUUUAAACAAGUUAGCAAAACAGUUCCUUCGCGUAGAUUUUUAUAAAAUUGCCCAUAGCGCUAGCUUGGCAGAAUGGCAGCUAUUUGUACAGUGGUUGCUCGAUCGUCUGUAAAAGGGAAAAACCGGUAGAUAUAAUUCAUAGAUUCCGUCUCUAAAUUAAGUCAUUUCCUCUUCAGUAAGGCAUUUCAACUGGCGUGUACUAAAGCGGUCCCUCCUUUAUUUAUUGCGGUACCCCUACCUCGUUACGAUUGACAUUUGCUGAAGAGUUUCAGAAAUUGCAUUUGUGGUUUCUGUGGUGCAUGGGGAUACCAUUCAAUUUACCUCUGAGCACAAUGCAAGCACCAGUCGUUUGCAUCAACCCGUUUCAUUCAAAUUUGAACGUCGCACAUCAACCAUAUAAAUAAAAUAUCAUUAAGUUAAGUUAUGGAGCACAUUCAAUUACCUAUCCUAUUUGUUCGCCAUCCGCGAAUACGUGCGGCGA